AUGGCUGCCUUGUUCUAUGCCCGUUAUGUGCCCGGGGAGCUUAAGCCUGUCGGCCAAUUGGAAAAUUUAAACGAAGUUUCCGACACAGAAUACCAAACCCAUGUUAUUACUCCAUCUCCAGCAGAAUUCCCCGCUACGAUUUCCGCUACCCAGCUGAAAACGAAGAAACGCCGUGAAGAGACAGGCAUACAAGACCUGAAACCGUUAGAUAAAAGAACCUACGAACGUACUGUUCCCGCUGGAAUUGUGAUUGCACCCGUAUCCGAACCGACCACCCAGGCUGAAAAGAAACCAUCUACACCUCAUCAAGGACAUGAGAAAAAUCUACCUGCUGUAAAUAUACAGGCCACACAAUGUGACACCUUAAAACGGGAUCAAAUGAAAAGAAAACGGGAGACCGAGUAUGGCUCGGCUCUGUCCAUAGUUGAUCCACCUUCAAAACAUGCCAGAAUACUCUCCAAAUUUGACAAAUACACAACGAAGAUUCCAAAUCCUGCUGUCGCACAAGAGUCUAGUGAGGAAGUUACGAAAAAGAAGGAGCAAAUCAACCAUGGUCUUGAACCUUUUCCACAGCCUAUUUCUUCACCUGAAUCCAGUCAAAUACCCACAUACGCCACUCUACCCGAGUGGCUCCUGCACCCCAUCAUUGCUCCAUCGGAGACGCGCCAGACUUUUAAAAGCCUUGGCCUUGGUACAAGACAAACGUCGAUACUCGAAAGUAAAGGCUACUCCCAUGCGAUGCCUAUUCAGUCCGCCGUAAUUCCCUUGGCUUUGGACUCCCAGUGUCGAAAUUGGGGUGACAUCUGCGUUUCCGCUGCUACAGGUUCGGGGAAAACUUUAGCCUAUGUACUUCCGCUAAUAUCCUCUAUCAAGUCUUCGUCUAUGAAUUGCCUACGAGCCCUGAUAGUUGUUCCUACCCGCGAACUUGUUAGGCAAGCCCGCGAGAUGUGCGAGCUCUGUGCCGCUGGCACUGGUUUGCGCAUCGGGACUGCUGUAGGCUCUACGGCUUUGAACGAUGAGCAGGACAUCCUAAGGGAAUCUGAUCAGGUAUACCGUACCUGGAGCUCGGCAAUAACUACCAACUCAAAUAUGUCAACCAAGGAUUGGACAAAGUUCAAUCUUCAAGAGUAUAUAACCGACACCGAAGAAUCUUUAAAAGUUCUUCCAAAACACAACUUAAACCUGUUUCUCGAUAUUGAUAUUUUAAUCUGCACCCCUGGACGCUUGGUAGAUCAUCUUCGAUCAACAGGUGGUUUUAAUUUGGACAACUUAGAGUGGCUUGUGAUUGAUGAAGCUGAUCGGCUAUUAAAUGAGAGCUUUCAGGAAUGGACACAGGUCGUUAUACCAGCAAUUUCCCGAAAUAAUAUCAUCGAAACGACGCAUUCGGCCCUAAGACGUCUCGGGCAUUCAACAGAGCAAAAGCCUCUUCGAAAAAUAAUUCUUAGCGCCACGAUGACAAUGGAUACUACUAAAUUAAACUCUCUGCAGUUACAUAACCCUAGACUGGUUAAAGUUGACUUAGAUAGCAACCAUCCACAAAGAAUACCCCAGUUAACACAAUCAGCUUUUUCCAACAAGAGCGAGGUAUACGCAGUCCCUCCAACUCUCAGCGAGGCACUGAUACCAGUUGGUGAUGGGUUAUCCAAGCCGAUUUACCUUCUACAGCUUAUAUACUCUCAUAUUUUUAAUGAGACAUCGGCGUCAAGCACAUGUGCUUCAAUGACCCAGCUACUCGAUGUCUUCUCUACACAUUCCCUAUCUAACUCCAUACUAAUAUUUGUCAAAUCAUCGGAGACGGCUCUACGGCUAACCCGACUGCUAAAAAUUUUGUGCCCUGCACUAGCCACCUGUCUUGGGGUGCUCGUCAAAUCAAAUAAGUCUGCCACUGCUCGUAAGACACUUGCCGCGUAUAAAAAUGGAACUGUGCGCAUUAUGCUUGCUACUGAUCGUGCCUCACGAGGACUUGAUCUCCCUUCGCUAGAACAUGUCAUCAACUACGACGUACCUGCUAGUUUAACUAGCUACAUUCAUCGCGCUGGGCGGACAGCUCGCGCAGGGCAAUACGGGUCAGUAUGGACACUUGUUAGCCAUAGCGAAGGGCGAUGGUUUUCCAGUGAGAUUGUCAAUGGUGCUAUAGAGAGAGGGACCCGUGUGGUGAGGAAAGUAAAGAUUGACCGCACUCGUGUUGGUGAUGUGAGCCACCGUUAUGAAGCUGCGCUGAAAGAACUUGGGGAGGAGGUCAUCUCUGAGCAUAAACCCAUGAACCGAGUGCAUCCAGCCAAGCCAUUGAGUUAG